UUGAUAACCGAUUUUCGCAGUGGGCAUCAAGCAAAUGAAAAAUCAAAUCGAAUCAUCAAAGUCAAGCAAACGUCAGAGAGAGAGAGAGAGAUCCAGACUCGUAUUCUUGUAAUCGAUGGCUAGCGAUUGGAGAGGUUCAAUGGGGAAGGUGAGGUCUUUCGUCGGAAACUCCAUGGGCGGUCUCAGAGGAGGUCAGAAUCUCGCGUCUUGGCUCGUGGCCGGAACGAUCGCUUACUAUCUCUGGGUUAAACCGGCUCAGGAUCUCAAAAAGGAACGAGAGGCUAGGGCACUUCUGGCGGUGGCGGAUCGAAAUCAAUACGCGGAGAAGAGGAAACCAGUCGCUGAUCCUCAGGUUACUGGUCUGGUUUAUGGAAACAAGAACAUAACCGAUGAUAAACCACAGGAUUGAAUACUUCUUUUUUUCUUUGUUUCUGCAAGUUUGAGAACAUCGCUUUGUGUAAGUCUGUUAGCUAGUUCUGCAGUUUUGUCCGGUUUAUCCUAUAGCUAAGAAGAUGAUCAUUGUAUAGACAAAACAACACUUAUAGUUGUGUGACUUUACAAAACAACCGAAUAAUAAUGGAAACUUUUUUUUAAAAGGAUA